AUGUUGAACAGAUGGCCAUAGACUGGCUAACGGGCAACUUCUACUUUGUGGAUGACAUUGAUGACCGGAUCUUUGUCUGUAAUAAAAAUGGCGACACCUGUGUUACUCUUCUUGACAGAGAACUGUAUAAUCCCAAGGGAAUUGCUUUGGAUCCAACCAUGGGGAAAGUUUUCUUCACGGAUUAUGGGCAAAUCCCAAAAGUUGAAAGAUGCGAUAUGGACGGCCAGGACAGGACCAAGCUAGUAGACAGCAAAAUUGUAUUCCCACAUGGGAUCACCUUGGAUCUCGUGAAUCGUUUGGUUUACUGGGCAGACGCUUACCUGGACUACAUUGAAGUGGUAGACUAUGAAGGCAAGAACAGACACACCAUCAUCCAGGGGUUGCUAAUUGAACAUUUGUAUGGCCUUACAGUUUUUGAGAAUUAUUUAUAUGCUACAAAUACUGAUCAUGCCAACGCCCAGCAGAAAACCAGUGUGAUUCGUGUUAAUCGCUUCAACAGUUCAGAGCAUCAAGUGGUGACCAGGGUUGACAAAGGUGGAGCCUUACACAUUUACCAUCAACGCAGGCAGCCAACUGUGAGGAGCCAUGCCUGUGAACUGGAUCAGUACAAGAAGCCCGGAGGAUGCUCAGAUAUUUGUCUGCUUGGCAGCAACCAUAAAACCCGAACGUGUCGCUGCCGAUCAGGAUUCAGCCUGGGUAGUGAUGGAAGAUCAUGCAAAAAGCCUGAACAUGAGCUGUUCUUAGUUUAUGGUCGAGGACGUCCUGGUAUCAUCCGAGGGAUGGAUAUGGGAGCCAAUAUUCCUGAUGAACACAUGAUACCCAUUGAAAACCUCAUGAACCCUCGGGCUCUGGACUUUCAUGCUGAAUAUGGCUACAUGUACUUUGCAGACACCACAAGUUUCUUGAUUGGGCGACAGAAAAUAGAUGGUACUGGCCGAGAAAACAUUCUUCAAGAAGGUAUACACAAUGUAGAAGGUGUUGCUGUAGACUGGAUGGGAAACAACCUGUACUGGACAGAUGAUGGGCCUAAGAAGACCAUCAGUGUGGCUCGUUUAGAAAAGGCAUCGCAGACCAGAAAAACCUUGAUAGAAGGGAAGAUGACUCAUCCUAGAGCCAUUGUAGUGGAUCCAUUGAAUGGGUGGAUGUAUUGGACAGACUGGGAGGAAGAUCCCAAGGAUAGCAAGCGUGGAAAAAUUGAAAGAGCCUGGAUGGAUGGUUCCAACCGCAACAUUUUUGUCACAUCAAAAGCAGUUCUUUGGCCCAAUGGACUAAGUAUUGACAUUCCAAACAAGAUUCUCUAUUGGGUAGAUGCCUUUUAUGACCGCAUUGAAAUGGUUUACCUUAACGGAACUGCCCGCAAGGCGGUAUAUGAAGGUCCAGAGCUGAAUCAUGCAUUUGGUCUGUGCCACUACGGUAACUUUCUUUUCUGGACAGAAUACAGAAAGUGGUAGCAUCUAUAGGCUGGAUCAAGUCUCAAAAACUGUUACACUUCUGAGAAACGAAAGACCACCAAUCUUUGAAAUCCGAAUGUAUGAUGCACAGCAGCAGCAAGUGGGUUCUAAUGCUUGUCGUGUAAACAAUGGUGGCUGCAGCAGCCUGUGCUUGGCCAUACCUGGAAGCAGGCAGUGCGCUUGUGCUGAAGACCAGAUUCUCGAUGAGGAUGGUGUCACCUGUAAAGCCAACCCAUCAUACAUCCCUCCCCCUCAAUGCCAGUCUGAGGAGUUCGCAUGUAAGAACAGCCGCUGCAUUCAGGAACGGUGGAAGUGCGAUGGAGACAAUGACUGUUUGGAAUAAUAGCGAUGAAGCCCCAGAUCUGUGUCACCAGCACACAUGCCCAUCAGAUCGAUUCAAAUGUGAGAACAACAGAUGUAUCCCUAACCGGUGGCUUUGCGAUGGUGACAAUGACUGUGGAAACGGAGAGGAUGAAUCUAAUUCUACAUGCUCAGCCCGUACUUGUCCUCCAAAUCAGUUUUCUUGUGCUAGUGGUCGAUGCAUUCCUAAUUCAUGGACCUGUGACCUAGAUGAUGACUGUGGUGACCGUUCAGAUGAGUCCUCUACUUGUGCUUACCCAACCUGCUUCCCUCUUACUCAGUUCACCUGUAACAGUGGCCGAUGCAUUAACAUAAACUGGCGCUGUGAUAAUGACAAUGAUUGCGGAGACAACAGUGACGAGGAUGGCUGCAGUCACUCUUGUUCCAGCACCCAGUUCAAAUGCAACAGUGGCCGUUGCAUCCCAGAACACUGGACAUGUGAUGGGGACAAUGACUGUGGGGACUACAGUGAUGAAACCCAUGCCAACUGCACCAAUCAAGCAACUCGUCCACCUGGUGGUUGCCAUACUGAUGAAUUCCAGUGUCGUCUGGAUGGGCUGUGCAUUCCUAGCCGCUGGCGUUGUGAUGGAGAUACAGAUUGCAUGGAUACUAGUGAUGAGAAGAACUGUGACGGUGUAACACACGCAUGUGACCCAAAUGUCAAGUUUGGCUGCAAGGACUCUGCAAGGUGCAUUAGUAAAGCUUGGGUGUGUGAUGGCGAUAAUGAUUGCGAGGACAACUCCGAUGAAGAGAACUGCGACAUGUUAGUGUGCAAACCUCCAUCUCACACCUGUGCCAACAACACCUCCAUAUGUCUGCCUCCUGAGAAACUGUGUGAUGGCAAUGAUGACUGUGGAGAUGAUUCUGAUGAGGGAGAACUGUGUGAUCAGUGUUCACUGAACAAUGGUGGAUGCAGCCACAACUGCACAGUUGCCCCUGGGGAAGGGAUUGUAUGCUCCUGUCCUCUAGGCAUGGGAAACCGGUCCUGACAACAAGACCUGCCAGAUCCAGAACAAUUGCCCUAAACAUAUUGGUUGCAGCCAGAGGUGUGAGCAGGAGAAGUUUAUAGUGAAGUGCUCCUGUUACGAUGGCUGGGUUUUAGAUCCAGACCAUGACACCUGCAAAAGUCUAGAUCCCUUUAAACCUUUCAUCAUAUUUUCAAACCGCCAUGAAAUCCGCCGAAUAGAUUUAAAUAAAGGUGAUUACAGUGUUCUUGUACCAGGACUAAGGAACACAAUUGCUUUGGAUUUCCACUUGAACCAGAGCACCCUCUACUGGACAGAUGUGGUUGAGGACAAAAUAUAUCGGGGGAAGCUGUCUGAAAGUGGAGCGCUUACCAGUUUUGAAGUCAUUAUCCAGUAUGGCCUUGCAACUCCUGAGGGUCUGGCUGUGGAUUGGAUUGCUGGGAAUAUUUACUGGGUAGAGAGUAAUCUGGACCAGAUUGAAGUGGCCAAGCUAAAUGGUACUAUGAGAACAACUCUCUUGGCUGGAGACAUUGAACAUCCUCGCGCCAUUGCUUUGGAUCCUCGAAAUGGAAUCCUCUUCUGGACUGAUUGGGACUCAGGCAUGCCACGUAUUGAAGCUGCAUCCAUGAGUGGGGAGGGUCGAAGGAUCAUACAUAAAGAGACUGGGUCAGGAGGCUGGCCCAAUGGCCUCACUGUGGACUAUCUGGAAGAACGUAUUCUUUGGAUUGAUGCCAGAUCAGAUGCAAUUUACUCAGCGAAGUAUGAUGGCAGUGGACACAUUGAAGUACUGAAAGGCCAUGAGUAUCUGUCACAUCCUUUUGCUGUCACACUGUAUGGUGGAGAGGUGUACUGGACAGACUGGAGGACCAACACCUUGGCAAAGGCAAACAAGUGGACUGGCCACAAUGUGACCGUUGUACAGCGCACAAACACUCAGCCCUUUGACCUUCAGGUUUAUCAUCCAUCCAGACAACCACUAGCUCCUAAUCCAUGUGCAGAAAAUGAUGGGAGAGGGCCCUGCAGCCAUUUGUGCCUCAUUAACUACAACCAGACAUUUGCCUGUGCGUGUCCACAUCUUAUGAAACUCUCUCCAGACAAAAAGACCUGCCUUGAGUCUAGGAAGUUCCUGUUGUAUGCUCGUCAGAUGGAAAUCCGAGGGGUGGAUAUUGACAACCCAUAUUACAACUAUAUUAUUUCUUUUACUGUCCCGGAUAUUGACAAUGUCACUGUUGUGGAUUAUGAUGCCUUUGAACAGCGUAUCUACUGGUCAGACGUCCGUACUCAGACCAUCAAGAGAGCUUUUAUCAAUGGCACAGGCGUGGAGACUGUUGUGUCUGCUGAUCUGCCUAACGCCCAUGGACUGGCUGUUGAUUGGGUGUCCCGUAAUCUCUACUGGACAAGCUAUGAUGCCAAUAAGAAGCAAAUCAAUGUGGCUCGUUUGGAUGGAUCAUUCAAGAAUGCAGUCAUUCAGGGUUUGGAUAAACCACACUGCCUUGUGGUUAAUCCACUCGAAGGGAAGAUGUAUUGGACAGAUGGUGACAAUAUCAGCAUGGCAAACAUGGAUGGCACAGAGCGCCAAGUCCUGUUCACUGAUCAGAAGAAACCAGUUGGCUUAUCCAUUGAUUAUAUUGACAAAAAGUUGUACUGGAUCAAUUCUGGCACAGGUACAAUUAACAGAUGUAAUCUCAAUGGCAAAGGACGGGAUGAUCUGUUUACCAUGAAAUCCUAUUUGGGAAAGGCAACAGCCCUGGCUAUUAUGGGUGACAAACUGUGGUGGGCAGACCAUGCAUAUGACAAAAUGGGGACAUGUAAUAAAAAGGAUGGGUCAGAUCCAAAAGUUCUACGAUAUAGCACGAACCAGGUCAUGCAUAUGAAGGUGUAUGAUGAAGAGAUACAGAAAGGCACAAACAAUUGUUCAGUUAAUAAUGGAGAUUGCUCUCAGCUAUGCCUCCCAACCUCUGCUACCACAAGAUCAUGUAUGUGCACUGCAGGAUACAGCCUUAGGAGUGGGCAACAGACCUGUGAGGGUGUUGGUUCCUUCUUGCUGUACUCUGUGCAUGAAGGCAUACGAGGAAUUCCUUUGGAUCCACAAGACAAAUCUGAUGCUUUGGUUCCUGUUUCUGGCACAUCCCUGGCAGUUGGAAUGGAUUUCCAUGCAGAAAAUGACACUAUCUACUGGGUGGACAUGGGGCUCAGCACCAUCAGUCGAGCCAAGCGAGACCAGACCUGGCGAGAAGAUGUUAUUACUAAUGGCAUUGGCAGAGUUGAAGGCAUUGCUGUAGACUGGAUAGCUGGUAAUAUCUAUUGGACUGAUCAGGGUUUUGAUGUCAUUGAGGUUGCUCGUCUGAAUGGCUCCUUCCGCUAUGUUGUGAUAUCCAAGGGACUGGACAAGCCAAGAGCCAUCACUGUUCACCCUGCAAAAGGUUAUCUGUUCUGGACAGAAUGGGGUCAGUUCCCUAGAAUUGAGAGGUCCUAUCUUGAUGGCAGUGGGAGGAUCAUCCUGGUAGAUGUCAGUAUCAGCUGGCCUAAUGGGAUCUCCAUAGAUUAUGAGGACGAAAAGCUGUAUUGGUGCGAUGCUCGCACUGAUAAAAUUGAGAGGAUUGACCUGGAGACAGGGAAGAACAGAGAGGUAGUGCUGUCUAACAACAACAUGGACAUGUUCUCUGUAUCAGUCUUCGAAGAUUUCAUCUACUGGAGUGACAGGACUCAUGCUAACGGCUCCAUUAAGCGAGGGCAAAAGGACAAUGCCACAGAUUCUGUCUCUCUAAGAACAGGCAUUGGAGUCCAGCUCAAAGACAUCAAGGUGUUCAACAAAAACAGACAGAAGGGAACCAAUGUCUGUACCGAAAAUAAUGGUGGUUGUCAACAGCUGUGUCUAUAUCGAGGUGGAGGUCAGCGUACAUGUGCUUGUGCUCAUGGCAUGCUAGCAGAAAAUGGCCUUAGCUGCAGAGAGUAUGAUGGUUACCUCCUGUAUUCAGAACGAACAAUCCUAAAAAGCAUUCAUUUAUCGGAUGAGAGUAGCCUCAAUGCCCCAGUGAAACCGUUUGAAGAUCACGAUCAUAUGAAGAACGUAAUAGCUUUGGCAUUUGAUUAUCGGGAAAGUGACAAAGGGGGAACACGCAUCUUCUAUAGUGACAUCCACUUUGGUAACAUCCAGCAGAUCAACAACGAUGGGACUGGUCGCAAGACAGUGGUGGAGAAUGUUGGAUCAGUGGAAGGCCUGGCCUAUCAUCGAGCAUGGGACACCCUGUUUUGGACCAGUUAUACUACAUCAACAAUUACUCGCCAUACUGUUGACCAAAGCCGCUUUGGGGCCUUUGAAAGAGAGACUGUAGUCACUAUGUCUGGAGAUGACCAUCCUCGGGCCUUUGUUCUGGAUGAGUGUAAAAACUUUAUGUUCUGGACCAAUUGGAAUGAGAAACAUCCUAGCAUUAUGCGGGCAACACUCUCAGGCAGUAAUGUGCUUUUCAUUAUUGACCGUGACAUCCGCUCACCCAAUGGUCUUGCUAUUGAUCACAGAGCUGAGAAACUAUACUUUUCUGAUGCUACUCUCGACAAAAUUGAGAGAUGUGAAUAUGAUGGUACCAACAGACAAUGGAUUUUAAAGUCUGAUCCUGUGCACCCCUUCGGGUUAGCGGUAUAUGGAGACUACAUCUUUUGGACAGACUGGGUGCGCCGGGCAGUUCAGCGGGCAAACAAACAUGAUGGCUCAGACCUGAAACUUCUUAGAGGCGAUAUUCCUCAGCAACCUAUGGGAAUUAUUGCUGUGGCAAAUGAUACUAACAGCUGCGAGUUAUCUCCAUGCAACAAUAACAGUUUAUGUCAAGACCUGUGUCUUCUCACUGCUGAUGGAAGGGUGAACUGCUCCUGCCGAGGAGAUAGGAUUCUACAGGAUGACUUUACAUGCAAAGCUCCCAACUCUACUUGCAAUCCCCAUGAUGAAUUUGAGUGUGGCAAUGGUGACUGCAUCAACUACAGCUUGACAUGUGAUACAUUGGCCCACUGUAAGGACAAGGCAGAUGAGAAGCAAUCCUACUGUGCUAAUCGUCAAUGUAAGAAAGGUUUCCGUCACUGUUUGAAUGGGCGAUGCAUUUCCAGUGCUUACUGGUGCAAUGGCUUGGAUGAUUGCGGUGACAACUCGGACGAGGUAUCUUGCAACAAAACCAGCUGUGCCCCUACAGAGUUUCGUUGCCGAGAUGGGACCUGUAUCGGAAACUCAAGCCAUUGUAACCAGCUCCUUGACUGUGAUGACGCUUCUGAUGAGAUGAAUUGCAACAUCACUGACUGCGGUAGUUUCUUCAAACUGGGAGUAAUAGGAACCACCUUUCUGAAGUGUGAGAAGACCUCUUUGUGCUAUGCCUCCAGCUGGGUCUGUGAUGGAUCCAAUGACUGUGGUGACUUCACAGAUGAGAUGAACUGCCCAGGUAUUCGGAAGCCAAAGUGCUCAGUGAAUUACUUUGCCUGUUCAAGUGGGCGCUGCAUACCAAUGAGCUGGACUUGUGAUAAAGAGAAUGACUGUGAUGAUGGGGAGGAUGAGAGUCACUGUGACAAGUUCUGUACAUCUAUGCACUUUGAAUGCAACAAUCAUCAUUGUAUUUCUAAACACUGGGUGUGUGAUGGCUCAGAUGACUGUGGGGACAAAUCAGAUGAGGAUGCCCGCUGUCAAUCUGCCACUUGUAGCCCUGAAUCCUACCAGUGCCCUGGUACUAAUGUGUGUGUCCCUCGACGCUGGCUUUGUGAUGGAGAUAAGGAUUGUCAAGAUGGAUCAGAUGAAAGUGUCCAGGCUGGUUGUAUUUUCAACAACACCUGUGACUCCAAGGAAUUCAUGUGUCAGAAUCGGCAGUGUAUCCCGAAACAGUUUGUGUGCGAUCACGAUACGGACUGCAGUGAUGGUUCUGAUGAGUCUCCUGAAUGCGAAUAUCCCACAUGUGGCCCUGAGGAAUUCCGUUGUGCUAAUGGUCGCUGUUUACAUAACAAGCAAUGGGAAUGUGAUGGAGAGUUUGAUUGUCACGAUAAAUCAGAUGAAGCUCCCAAAAAUCCACGUUGUACCAGCACAGAGGGCAAAUGUAAUGAGACGUUUUACCAGUGUAAGAAUGGCAAAUGUAUCCCAGAACAUCUACUGUGUGACAUUAACAAUGACUGUGGUGAUGGCUCAGAUGAACGGAACUGUUUUGUCAAUGAGUGUCUAAAUAAGAGGAUGAGUGGCUGCAGCCAGGAGUGUGAAGAUCUUAAAAUGGGUUACAAGUGCAGAUGCCGUCCUGGAUUCUGGCUAAAGGAUGAUGGUAAAACUUGUGUGGACAUUGAUGAAUGCACAACCACUUACCCCUGCAGCCAGAAGUGUAUCAACACAAUUGGUAGCUAUCGCUGUCUCUGCGUGGAGGGUUAUGAAAUGAGACCUGAUGACUCUACCAGCUGCAAGGUAGUUGGUUCUGACGGAGUUGAAGAACCGUUCCUCAUUUUUGCCAACCGUUACUACUUGCGAAAACUGAGUUUGGGAGGCACAAAUUACACACUACUAAAGCAGGGUUUGAAUAAUGCUGUUGCAUUAGAUUUUGAUUAUCGAGAAGAGAUGAUAUACUGGACUGAUGUCACAACCCAAGGAAGCAUGAUCCGCCGCAUGCAUAUCAAUGGCAGCAAUGUCCAGGUUCUGCAUCGUACUGGGCUCAGCAAUCCUGAUGGACUGGCAGUGGACUGGGUUGGAGGUAACCUGUACUGGUGUGACAAAGGAAGGGACACUAUUGAGGUUUCAAAGCUAAAUGGGGCAUAUCGUACAGUGUUGGUGAACUCUGGUCUGAGAGAGCCACGUGCACUGGUGGUGGAUGUAAAACAUGGCUACCUCUAUUGGACAGACUGGGGGGACAACUCUUUGAUUGGUAAGAUUGGUAUGGAUGGCACCAAUCGGAGUGUCAUUGUUGAAAGCAGGAUAACCUGGCCCAAUGGCCUGACACUGGACUAUGUCAACAGCAGAAUAUACUGGGCUGAUGCAAGAGAAGAUUACAUACAGUUUGCCAACCUUGAUGGUAGCCACCGGCACACAGUGCUCAGCCAAGAUAUCCCACACAUCUUUGCACUGACACUUUUUGAAGAUUACAUAUAUUGGACAGACUGGGAAACCAAGUCAAUUAACCGAGCACACAAGACCACUGGAGUAAACAAGACCAUGUUGAUCAGCACUUUACAUCGACCUAUGGACAUACACAUCUACCAUCUCUACCGACAGCCUGAUGUUCCCAAUCAUCCCUGUAAAUCCAACAAUGGUGGAUGCAGUAAUCUGUGCCUUCUGUCACCUGGCGGUGUAUACAAAUGUGCUUGCCCAACUAACUUCUACCUUGGGGCUGAUGGGAAGACUUGUGUCUCCAACUGUACUGCCAGUCAAUUUGUAUGUAAAAAUGAUAAAUGCAUUCCAUUCUGGUGGAAGUGUGACACUGAGGAUGACUGUGGAGACCGAUCAGAUGAGCCUGCUGACUGUCCGGAAUUCAAAUGUCGCCCAGGGCAGUUCCAGUGCUCCACUGGAAUCUGUACCAAUCCCGCCUUCAUCUGUGAUGGAGACAAUGACUGCCAGGACAACUCAGAUGAAGCCAACUGCGAUAUCCAUGUGUGUUUGCCCAGCCAGUUCAAGUGCACCAAUACUAAUCGCUGCAUACCAGGAAUUUUCCGCUGCAAUGGCCAAGACAACUGCGGUGAUGGUGAUGAUGAAAAGGAUUGUCCCGAAGUCACCUGUGCUCCAAAUCAGUUCCAGUGCACUAUCAACAAGCGGUGUAUCCCCCGUGUCUGGGUGUGUGACAGGGACAAUGACUGUGUGGAUGCAUCUGAUGAGCCGCAUAACUGCACUCAAAUGACAUGCGGUGUGGAUGAUGAGUUCAGGUGUAAGGACUCUGGAAGGUGCAUCCCCGCACGCUGGAAAUGUGAUGGUGAAGAUGACUGCGGAGAUAGCUCAGAUGAACCCAAAGAGGAAUGUGAUGAGCGAACAUGUGAACCUUAUCAGUUCCGCUGCAAGAACAACCGUUGCGUCCCUGGCCGCUGGAAGUGUGACUACGACAAUGAUUGUGGUGACAACUCUGAUGAGGAGACCUGCACACCGCGGCCAUGUUCAGAAAGUGAAUUUUCUUGUGCCAAUGGGCGUUGUAUUGCUGGUCGGUGGAAGUGUGAUGGCGAUCAUGAUUGCAUUGAUGGCUCAGAUGAGAAAGAUUGCGUGCUGAGGUGUGACCCAGACCAGUUCCCGUGUACAAACGGCCACUGUAUUCCACACCGCUGGGCCUGUGACGGUGAUGCUGACUGUAUGGAUGGAAGUGAUGAGCUGAAUUGCAGUACUAGAGUAGUCCGAACCUGCCCUCUAGAUGAGUUUCAAUGUAACAACACACUCUGCAAACCAUUGGCUUGGAAAUGUGAUGGAGAAGAUGACUGUGGAGACAAUUCAGAUGAGAGACCAGAGGAUUGUUUGAAGUUCUCCUGUCCACCAUACAGACAGUUCCGCUGCAGAAAUGACCGCGUGUGUCUGAGCACAUCACGUGUGUGUGAUGGGAUUGAUAAUUGUGGAGAUGGAACAGAUGAAGAGAAUUGUGACUUGCACAAACCGAAGAACUGUGACCUGGACAAACAGGAAUUCCAGUGUAAAAAACAGCAAAUGCGUUAACUCCGAUUUCAGAUGUAACCUGUUUGAUGAUUGUGGAGAUGGUUCUGAUGAAGAAAACUGUCCUCACAAUGCAAAACAUUAUGGCUGUCAUGCCAAUAGCACCAUUUGUGGAGAAGAGAUGAAUUGUAUCCAGACUCCAACCAGUGUGUACUGCAGAUGUAAUGAAGGAUUCCAGAAGAUCCCAGGGGAGAACGGUUGCAGAGAUCUCAAUGAGUGUCUGGCAUUUGGCACAUGCACUCAGAUCUGCAACAACACCAAAGGCUCCUACAUGUGCACUUGUGCAAAGAACUUCAUCAAGCAUAAUCACACUUGCAAGGCAGAUGAGGCUAAUCAAGUGUUGUACAUUGCUGAUGAUAAUGAGAUCAGAAGCCUUUAUCCAUUCAAUCCCAACUCUGCAUAUGAGCAAGCAUUUAGAGGUGAUGAGAAUGUGCGCAUUGAUGCCAUGGAUGUCUAUGUGAAAGAGAACAAAAUCUACUGGAGUAACUGGCACACUGGGAAGAUCUCUUUUCGAGUACUGCCUACAUCCACCUCCUCUACUACUUCUAACCGUAACAAGAGACAGAUUGAUGAGGGAGUAACUGACCUAAAUAUACCUGGCCUGAAGAUGCCUAGAGGCAUAGCUGUUGACUGGGUGGCUGGAAAUAUUUAUUGGACUGAUUCUGGCCGUGACGUCAUUGAGGUGGCACAGAUGAAAGGAGAACAUAGAAAAACAUUGAUCUCUGGCAUGAUUGACGAACCACAUGCCAUAGUUGUGGAUCCCUUAAGAGGGACUAUGUAUUGGUCUGACUGGGGUAACCACCCAAAGAUUGAAAAGGCAGCUAUGGAUGGAACCAUGAGGGAGACUCUUGUAGAGAACAACAUACAGUGGCCCACGGGCUUAGCAGUGGAUUACUAUAAUGAGCGCCUUUACUGGGCUGAUGCCAAGUUAUCCAUCAUUAGCAGUAUUCGUCUUAACGGGGACCGAUCCAGUUGUGGUGAUCAAUAGCAAGAAUGGCCUCACCCAUCCGUUCAGCAUUGAUAUCUUUGAAGAUUACAUCUAUGGAGUAACAUAUGUUAACAACCUUAUAUUUAAAGUGCACAAGUUUGGACAUGGCCCUGUUACCAAUCUUACCUGGGGAAUAAACCAUGUCACUGAUGUUGUUCUUCAUCACCAGUACAAGCAGCCUGAAGCUUUAGUGACCAAUCCAUGUGACCGCAAAAAAUGUGAGUGGCUGUGUUUACUUAGCCCCAGCGGACCAGUGUGCACAUGUCCUAAUGGAAGAAGAUUGGACAACGGAACAUGUAUCCUUAUCCCAUCCCCUACCCAGUCACCUGAUGAACCCAUACCUGAUUCUUGCCCUCUAGAGUGUCUUAACGGGGGAAAAUGCUUCUUUAAUGCAAGAAAACAAGCCAAAUGUCGCUGCUCACCCAGCUACAGUGGAGAGAGGUGUGAGAAUGAUCAGUGUAAGGAGUACUGUAAAAAUGGAGGAAACUGUGCACCAUCACGUACAGGUUUACCAACAUGCCGCUGCUCAACUGGGUUUACUGGUCCUACAUGUGAGCAGCAAGUGUGCACACCAAACUAUUGUCAAAACAAUGCUACUUGUUCUGUGAACCUGGGCAACCAACCCAACUGCCGCUGCCUCGCUGACUACAUUGGAGACAAAUGUCAAUACCGAAAAUGUUACAGUUACUGCGAUAAUGGUGGAAUCUGCCAGCUCAGUGCUAACGGGACCAGGCAGUGCCGCUGUACACCACUGUUUGAAGGCAGCCGCUGUGAAAAAAAAAGAUGUGACCGAUGCAAGGAUGGAAGAUGCAGCUUGAAAAAUGGAGAUGUUCUAUGUGUGUGUACUGAUGGACGGGUAGCCAAGUCUUGCUUGACAUGUGACAAUUACUGUCUGAAUGGAGGAAUAUGCAGUAUCAACCGUUACACUGAGAUGCCAGAGUGCCAGUGUCCAUCUGACAGAACUGGUCCAACAUGUGAACAAUUUGUAGGACAGUCACAACCAACAUCAAAGGCUACUUCCAUUGUAAUUCCAAUUGUGGUAAUACUGUUACUGCUCCUUCUUGGAAUUGGAAUAUUUGCCUGGUACAGACACAGGAUGAGCGGGGCCAAAGGUUUCCAGCACCAGCGAAUGACCAACGGAGCAAUGAAUGUAGAGAUCGGCAACCCAACCUACAAAAUGUAUGAAGGCGAGCCAGACGAUGAUGUGGGAGAAUUGAUCGAUGCAGACUUCACUUUAGACCCAGAUAAGCCAACAAACUUCACUAACCCAGUCUAUGCCACAUUGUACAUGGGAGCACACAACAGCCGAAAUUCUCUAGCAAGCACGGAUGAGAAGCGAGAACUGCUGCCUCGUGGAGGAGAGGAUGAUUUCUCAGACCCACUGGCAUAG